AUGACCAUUCCCGAAGAGGUCGAUAUCAUCAUCUGCGGUGGUGGCAGCGCAGGCUGUGUGCCAGCCGGCCGCCUCGCUAACCUCGAUCACAAUCUUCAAGUCUUGCUGAUUGAGGCAGGCGAAGACAACUUGAAUAAUCCAUGGGUAUAUCGCCCCGGAAUCUAUCCUCGGAACAUGAAACUCGAUUCCAAGACAGCCUCGUUCUACGAGUCCCGGGCAUCGAAAUGGUUGGAUGGACGGAAAGCCAUUGUACCCUGUGCCCAUAUCCUUGGAGGAGGUAGCUCCAUUAACUUCAUGAUGUAUACCCGUGCAUCCGCCUCGGAUUAUGAUGACUUCCAAGCGAAAGGCUGGACCACCAAAGAGCUUGUCCCACUGAUGAAGAAGCAUGAAACCUACCAGCGGGCUUGCAAUAACCGAGAUCUACACGGCUUUGAAGGUCCCAUUAAGGUGUCCUUUGGAAAUUACACAUAUCCCAUCAUGCAGGACUUCCUACGUGCUGCUGAGUCCCAGGGAAUCCCAGUUACAGAUGACUUACAGGAUCUGGAGACUGGCCACGGCGCCGAACACUGGCUCAAGUGGAUUAACCGUGAUACCGGCCGUCGCAGUGAUGCCGCUCACGCAUACGUCCAUAGCACCCGGAGUAAGCAUUCCAACCUUCACCUGAAGUGCAAUACAAAAGUGGACAGAAUCAUCAUCGAGGACGGAAGGGCCGUUGGCGUUGUAACAGUUCCGACAAAGCCCCUGGAUGGCGGCGAGCCUCAGCGCAAGGUCUACAGAGCUCGCAAGCAGAUAAUCGUCAGCAGCGGGACUCUUAGCACCCCGCUUAUCCUCCAGCGGUCUGGAAUUGGCGACCCUGAGAAACUCCGUCGUGUGGGAAUCAAACCCAUUGUAGAUCUGCCCGGGGUUGGCUGCAACUUCCAAGACCAUUACCUCACCUUCUCUGUCUAUAGGGCCAAGCCUGAAGUCGAGUCAUUCGACGACUUCGCCCGUGGAGACCCUGAAGUGCAGAAGAGGGUGUUCGACGAGUGGAACCUCAAAGGCACUGGUCCUUUGUCCACGAACGGUAUUGAAGCAGGCGUGAAGAUCAGACCUACUGCUCAUGAACUGGAGACUAUGAAGAAGUGGCCCACGCCUGAGUUCGUGAAGGGCUGGGAGAGCUAUUUCAAGAAUAAACCAGACAAGCCAGUCAUGCAUUACUCUAUCAUCUCCGGCUGGUUCGGCGACCACAUGCUCAUGCCUCCUGGGAAGUUCUUUACCAUGUUCCAUUUCUUGGAAUAUCCGUUUUCUCGUGGAUUCAUCCAUGUGAAAUCCGCCGACCCAUACGAAAACGCAGACUUCGACGCCGGCUUUAUGAAUGACAAGCGCGACAUGGCCCCCAUGGUUUGGGGCUACAUCAAAUCUCGAGAGACCGCUCGCCGGAUGAAUGCGUAUGCUGGCGAGGUAACUGGCAUGCAUCCUCACUUCUCCUAUGACUCCCCCGCGCGCGCAUUCGACCUUGAUCUGGAGACGACAAUUGCAUAUGCCGGCCCAAACCACAUCACCGCUGGCAUUCAGCAUGGCUCAUGGUCUCAUCCACUUAAACCUGCCAAGUCGUCAUCGGCCAACAUACUCAACUCCAACAAACAGGGGACUCACGAGCCGAUUGAAUAUAGCAAGGAAGAUAUCGCGGAAAUUGAGAAAUGGGUGCAACGCCAUGUCGAAACAACCUGGCACAGCCUGGGAACAUGCAGCAUGGCUCCGCGCGAAGGCAACUCCAUCGUCAAGCACGGAGUGGUAGACGAGCGCCUGAACGUCCACGGCGUCAAGGGCCUCAAAGUAUGCGACUUGUCCAUUUGCCCAGACAAUGUUGGCUGCAAUACUUUCAGCACGGCCCUGUUGAUCGGCGAGAAAUGCGCCGUCCUCACUGCCGAGGACCUUGGAUACUCCGGUUCUGAUCUCGAUAUGAAAGUGCCUGAGUAUCAUGCCCCGGGACAAUUCCUGAAUCUUGCACGCCUGUAA